CACAAAACUGGCUAUCACAAACUAUACCCUCCAUCUCCAUGUGCAUACAACAAAUAAGUCACGCGGGCCAUUUUGAAACCACAAUGAGAAGGCAAAACACACCUCCCAACAAACCACAUAAACAGUACCGAAGAUACUGGGAAAUAGCAUGGGAUAAGUGGGAAACAUACAAAG